CCAAGUCAGUAACAAACAAACUUCGCGUCUGCACAAAUAUCUCCUGUCCCGGCACCGAGAACAGAAACACGUUUCCUGAAACGAGUUAACCGCCGGACUUAUCGUCAGUUGCUAAUCAGUCAAUCAACCGGACAACAAUACACCUCGAAGUCAGCAACUCAAAGGCGGUGGAGAACGCCACUUUCGAAGCGCAAGGGUGGCCAAAGAUGAGCACUGAAGAACCCACACUCCAGAGGCGGGCGUCACGCAAGUCGGUUGCGUUUACAGAAGAGAAGCUAGUUGUGGACGCCGACGGCAGCGUAACCGUGAUGGCUACGCCGAACGACGAUACCAAAGACACGGCGGUGUCGCACACCCCUCGUACGCCGCCUCUCGCCGCCGCUCUUCGGGCCUCUACUGACGCCUCUCAAGCACCUGCAGACGGCACGGCGGCAGACGGUGCCGAUGCGAAUCCUGAUGGACUUGACCUGUCGCUCAUGAAAAAGAAGAAGAAGAAGGUCAAGAAGGAGGAUGGCGAGAGUGGCGAUGGUGCGGCCGCGGCCGGUGGCGAGGAGGCGAUCGACCUCUCGAUGAAGAAGAAAAAGAAGAAGAAGGUGGUCAAGGAGGAGGAUGAGUUUGCCAAGAAGCUUGAGGCGCUGAAUCUCGAGGGCGGAGAGAGCGCCGAGGCUCCUGCUGAGGGGGACGUGCAAGACGGCGACAUGGAGAAGGGCACGGGAAUCUGGGCGCAUGACGAGACACGGACCAUCAGCUACAACCCGCUCCUUUCCCGGUUCUUCACCCUGCUGGCGCAGAAGAACCCCGACCACGCCUCGACGGGCACCCGCUCCUACAAGAUCCCGCCUCCGCAGUGUCUCCGUGAAGGCAACAAGAAGACCAUCUUCGCCAAUUUGCCCGAGAUCUGCAAGCGUAUGAAGAGAGCCGACGAGCACGUCACGGCCUACCUGUUUGCCGAGUUGGGUACCAGCGGUAGCGUGGACGGCAGCAGGCGGUUGGUCAUCAAGGGUCGGUUCCAGCAGAAGCAGAUCGAGAAUGUCCUGCGCACGUACAUCAUAGAAUACGUGACAUGCAAGACUUGCCGCUCGCCCAACACGGAACUGUCCAAGGGCGAGAACCGACUUUACUUCAUCACUUGCAACUCCUGCGGCUCGCGCCGUUCCGUCCAGGCCAUCAAGACUGGUUUCUCUGCCCAGGUCGGCAAGAGAAGAAAGAUGCAGCAGGGUUAAGCUAUCGUAUUUUAAUGCCAUUCCUCCCUUGUGUCUUGUGUCGGUUUUCUGGUGGUUCCUGUCUGCUCUGCCAGAGAAUGGGUUCGACGGCAUGUUGGUUUGUGGACAGUCUCUGCAGACUUCCAGCUCUCGGUG